GGUACAUGAUUCAUUGGUCGUCGAGCCCCAUCACCACCAUUCUUUACUCAAUUAAAAUUUUAUCCAUUAAAAAUAAACAUUUUUUUUCAUUUUCUCUGAUAAAUAUCAAAAUUUAUUUUUAGUAUUCUCUAUAAUCAUCAUUGAAGUGGUAGCAGAAGUGAAAAAACAAAGCAAUCCCCCGAUUGCUUAAGAUUCCUCACCUAGUCACAUGCUCCCUCCUCUUCUUCCUCACCCCCCACAAAAAAAGCAAACCCUAGAUCCAAGAUCAAACCCCCUCAGACCAAACCAGAGUUAAACUAAAAUCAAAAGACAUGAAGAGAGAUCUCCAUCAGUUCCAAACUCCAGACACUAGAUUCCCAAACCACGGGACAGCAACAAACACCAGUUCCUCUUCUAAAGACAAGAUGAUGAUGGUUAAAGAAGAAGACGACGGUGAUGAGCUUCUCGCCAUGUUAGGCUACAAGGUCAAAUCCUCGGAGAUGGCCGAGGUCGCGUUGAAACUCGAGCAGCUAGAAACGAUGAUGGGUAAUGUCCAAGAAGACGGUUUAUUAUCCAACCUCGCCACGGAUACUGUUCACUACAACCCUUCCGAGCUUUACUCGUGGCUUGACAACAUGCUCACCGAGUUCAACCCGCCGCCGCCGCCUCCGGAGAUAAACAGCUCGUUUCUCACCGGAACCGCCUCCGAUUACGACCUCAAAGCCAUCCCUGGAAACGCAAUCUACGCGAGAUCCUCCUCUUCCUCCAACCAACCUUGUGACAACAACAACAACAGUAAGCGUCUGAAGUCAUGCUCGAGCCCUGAUUCGAUGCUUACAACAACCACAACCCUCACCACCGCAACUGAGUCAACUCGGUCCAUGGCUACUGAGUCAACUCGGUUCACUGAGUCAACUCGGUCCAUGGCCACUGAGUCAACUCGGUCCAUGAUCAUUGAGUCAACUCGGUUAAACGAGUCAACUCGGUCCGUCCCCACCGAGUCGACUCGGUCGAUGGUCCUGGUGGACUCGCAGGAGAACGGCGUGCGUCUGGUCCACGCGCUGAUGGCCUGCGCGGAGGCGGUACAGAGCAACGACCUGUCCUUAGCCGAAGCCCUCGUGAAGCAGAUCGGUUUCUUGGCCGUGUCCCAAGCCGGAGCCAUGAGGAAAGUCGCCACCUACUUCGCCGAAGCCCUCGCGCGGCGGAUCUACCGCCUCUCUCCGCCUCGUUCACACGUCGACCACUCCCUCUCCGACACACUCCAGACGCACUUCUACGAGACCUGCCCUUACCUCAAGUUCGCCCACUUCACGGCCAACCAAGCCAUCCUCGAAGCCUUCGAAGGGAAGAAGCGAGUCCACGUCAUCGAUUUCUCGAUGAGCCAGGGGCUCCAAUGGCCCGCGCUCAUGCAAGCCUUAGCGUUGCGAGAAGGUGGUCCUCCUGUUUUCCGCUUAACCGGAAUAGGACCUCCGGCGGCGGAUGGUUCGGAUCAUCUGCACGAGGUUGGUUGUAAGCUCGCUCAGCUCGCGGAGGCCAUACACGUUGAGUUCGAGUAUCGCGGCUUCGUGGCGAGCAGCUUGGCUGAUCUCGACGCGACGAUGCUUGAGCUGAGGCCGAGUGAGACAGAAGCUGUGGCGGUUAACUCGGUUUUCGAGUUGCAUAAGCUUUUAGGUCGUACCGGUGGGGUUGAGAAGGUUUUGAGCGUUGUUAAAGAGAUUAAACCGGUGAUUUUUACUGUGGUUGAGCAGGAAUCGAGUCAUAACGGACCGGUUUUCUUGGACCGGUUUACGGAGGCUUUGCAUUAUUACUCCACGUUGUUUGAUUCGUUGGAAGGUGUUCCGAGUAGUCAGGAUAAGGUUAUGUCGGAGGUUUAUUUAGGGAAACAGAUUUGUAAUUUGGUGGCGUGUGAAGGUGCGGACCGGGUUGAGAGACAUGAGACGUUGAGUCAAUGGGCGAACCGGUUUGGUACGUCCGGUUUUGCGCCCGCGCAUCUUGGGUCUAACGCGUUUAAGCAGGCGAGUAUGCUUUUGGCGUUGUUUAACGGUGGGGAAGGGUAUCGUGUGGAGGAGAGUAAUGGGUGUUUGAUGUUGGGUUGGCAUACUCGGCCGUUGAUAACGACUUCCGCUUGGAAGCUCGCGGCGGCGCGUUGAGUGGGAAUGGAGAGAUGAGGUUGGUGGUGGUGUUGACACGGUUGUUUUUGAGGUUUCAAAAUCAGUGGACCGGUGAUGAGAUAUGUUCGGGGAUUAGACCAAAAAACCGAACUGAAUCGAACCGUUUUGCGUUUUGUUUUAAUUUAUUUUCCACCUGUUUAAAAUUCUUAUAUCGUUUUUGUUAGCUCGUUUUUUUUUUUAAUUUAUGCUUUUUUGGGAUAAGUUAAAUAUGCAGAGUAUGUAUUUAGUAUAAAUGUUUUAAAAUAAUAUCUCAUUUUCAAGCCCGAAAUCUCUUGACCACCAAAAAAACCAAUAUCUGUUAAUUACAACGUAUGAAUAGUAAAUUAAUAACUGGUGAUAUUAGAUAUUUGUAAUUUGUUACUAUCAGUUUAU